CACAACAUGGCCGGUGAGUGAAAUUCGACUUUUGAAACGUUUUCAGAUUACGCGGUCGUGCUGAGAGCGAUUCAUCAUAGUUCUCACCGUGGAAGUAUCACCAUAGAGUUGAGCCGAAGCCAUGCGGCUGUGCUAUUGUCAAUAGUGCCCUACGAACUUGUGCGUCCAAAGGCCAAGUCCAUCUGGAUAUGUGAAACGAAGCUUAGCACAUAUAGCAAAGAUCAAAAAAACAAGAACAAUUUUGCCUAAACGUAUAUUAUUAUUAUCGUUAUUGUAGCUGACCUAGGUGCAUACGAUUGCAUGCAAAUUCAGUGUAAGGGAUUGGCAUCUGCAAUACUCUAUAGCAAGCUUACUGUAAGCACCUUCUAAGCGCAAUGCCCACGUCGGAUAUAGAUGAGGAAUUGGCGCGGAUCCAGGCGGCCAAAAAGAGGUUGGCUGAUGGGACUGCAGAUGGAGGGGUGCCCCUUGGAGCGGGGGAGCACACCCCUUAUAUGGACCGACAACUUUAUAAUUCGACAAGCAAGAAUAAGUUUGCCGGAUAUGUUACCUCUAUACCAGCUAGCGACGACGUCGACGCCGAUGACGACGAUAUGGAAGCAGGUGGAGGCGAUCCUGUGGCUCCGCCUCGAAAGAUUAAUGCACAGAAAUUCCUUGAAGAAGUGACGGACAAGGGUUAUGAUCCGUUUGCUGACAAAAGAGUACCACGAAUCGCCGAUCGAGAAGAUGAGUACCGUGCUCAACGACGAAACCGACAGAUCUCGCCUGAGCGAACAGAUCCGUUUGCCGAUGGAGGCAAAACGCCGGAUAUGCAGUCAAGGACGUACGCUCAUAUCAUGAAAGAGCAGGCCGUUCGCAGAGACGAAGCAGAUCUCAAGAGAAAACUACAAGAUAAAGACAAGGCCGGCGAACUACACGUUAAGAAUGGGGCAGAGGCGACUGAAAAAAAACGGAGAAGGUGGGACGUCCAAGAUACACCGUCCACCGGACCAAAAAAACGACUAGCAGGCUGGGAGCAAGCAGAAACACCGUCCCACACGCCAUCGGUUCACACUGCACAAGGAACUCAAGAGAAGUGGGCUGAGACUCCAGGUCGUUUACCCAUGGGCGCUGAGACACCUGGUCACGCUAAUCGCAUGUGGGAGCCCACACCCGCCCAUCAUACGCCCGGACACGCUACGCCUGAUGCCGAAACCCCUGGUCACAAAGCUUCAACCCGGAGAAAUCGCUGGGAUGAAACGCCACGUACGGGUGAAACACCAAGCCAUUCGGGGUGGGCAGAAACUCCUCGUGUAGAUGGCGCUGUCGAUAAGGUUGAAGCCGCUGCAGCUGCCACGCCAAGUGCAGCCAAAAGACGUUCUCGAUGGGAUGAGACACCGUCGGCGACCCCGUCGAUGACACCAUCUGGUAUGGCAGCCACGCCAUCAAUGACUCCGGGUCAGAUGACACCUGGCGCUAUGACUCCGUCGAUGACGCCGUCACAAGUGUUCACACCCAGUGGUACAACACCCAUCGGUGCUAAAGCGGCUGCCAUGCAGACGCCGGCUGCCAAUAUACCGAUGACGCCAGAGCAAAUGCAGAUAUUCCGCUACGAAAAAGAAAUCGACGAGCGUAACAGGCCCAUGACAGAUGAAGAACUUGACUCGCUGUUUCCACCAGGUUACAAAGUCUUGCCACCACCUUCUGGAUACGUGCCGAUUCGAACUCCUGCUCGGAAACUCGCAGCAACCCCAACCCCUCUUGGGGGCCUGGGGGCUGGCGGAGGCUUCUUUUUCCAAAAGGAUGAACCCCUCAAAGUGGUAGAUGCUCAGCCCAAGAGCGCCUCACUUCCGCCCCUCAAACCGGAGGAUAUGCAGUAUUUUGACAAGUUAUUAACCGAUGUCGAUGAAGAGUUAUUGUCCCCAGAGGAGUCGAAGGAGCGCAAGAUUAUGACAUUGCUGUUGAAAAUCAAGAACGGAACACCACCUAUGAGAAAGUCAGCUAUGCGGCAGAUCACAGACAAAGCACGAGAGUUCGGGCCUGGCGCACUUUUCAACCAAAUCCUACCUCUCCUUAUGAGUCCUACGCUGGAAGACCAGGAAAGACAUCUCUUGGUCAAAGUCAUUGACCGGGUUCUUUAUAAGCUUGACGAUCUUGUUCGGCCCUACGUGCACAAAAUUCUUGUGGUGAUUGAGCCUUUGCUUAUCGACGAAGAUUACUACGCGCGUGUUGAAGGACGAGAAAUUAUUUCGAAUUUAGCCAAAGCGGCAGGAUUAGCAACGAUGAUUUCCACGAUGCGACCUGACAUUGAUAACAUUGAUGAGUACGUCCGUAACACCACGGCACGAGCCUUUGCAGUCGUCGCCUCUGCACUUGGCAUCCCAGCACUGUUACCUUUUUUGAAGGCUGUCUGCAAAUCGAAGAAGUCGUGGCAGGCGCGCCACACGGGCAUCAAAAUCGUCCAGCAGAUCGCCAUCUUGAUGGGCUGCGCGAUCCUUCCCCAUUUGCGGUCGUUAGUUGAGAUUAUCGAACAUGGACUUGUUGACGAACAGCAGAAAGUCAGAACUAUCACAGCGUUGGCAUUGGCCGCCCUGGCUGAAGCUGCCACACCUUACGGUAUUGAAAGCUUCGAUAGUGUUCUGAAACCUCUCUGGAAGGGUAUACGCACACACCGUGGUAAGGGUUUGGCUGCCUUUUUAAAGGCUAUCGGUUAUCUCAUCCCAUUGAUGGACGCAGAGUAUGCUAACUACUAUACCCGGGAAGUGAUGCUAAUUCUGAUCCGAGAGUUCCAGUCUCCUGACGAGGAGAUGAAAAAAAUUGUGCUCAAAGUUGUCAAACAGUGUUGUGCCACUGAUGGUGUGGAAGCACAGUAUAUUAAAGAUGAGGUAUUGCCGCACUUCUUCCGACAUUUCUGGAAUCACCGUAUGGCCCUCGACAAGAGAAACUAUAAGCAACUGGUGGACACAACGGUUGAAAUUGCUAACAAGGUUGGCGCUGCCGAAAUCGUCAACAGAAUCGUAGACGAUUUGAAAGACGAAAACGAGCAAUACCGAAAAAUGGUUAUGGAAACUGCUGAGAAAAUCCUUGCUAAUCUUGGUGCUGCCGAGAUCGAUUCGCGAUUGGAGGAGCAAUUGAUCGACGGUGUUUUAUACGCCUAUCAGGAGCAGACCUCAGAAGACAUGGUCAUGUUAAACGGAUUUGGCACAAUUGUAAACGCUCUCGGCAAGCGUGUUAAGCCUUAUUUGCCCCAGAUCUGCGGUACCAUUUUGUGGCGUCUAAACAACAAAAGCGCUAAGGUACGCCAACAGGCCGCUGAUCUAGUCGCUCGUAUAGCAGUCGUGAUGAAGACAUGCCAAGAGGAAAAGCUCAUGUCACAUCUUGGUCAGAUCCUUUAUGAGUAUUUAGGAGAGGAGUACCCGGAGGUGUUGGGUUCGAUUCUCGCGGCACUAAAAGCAAUUGUGAAUGUGAUUGGCAUGUCGAAGAUGAACCCACCCAUCAAAGAUUUGUUACCGCGUCUGACGCCUAUUCUUAAAAAUCGCCACGAAAAGGUACAGGAGAAUUGCAUUGACCUAGUCGGGCGUAUUGCUGACCGUGGCGCUGAGUUCGUGUCCGCAAGAGAAUGGAUGCGUAUCUGUUUCGAAUUGCUUGAAUUGCUCAAAGCUCACAAGAAGGCGAUUCGGCGAGCAACUGUUAACACUUUCGGUUACAUUGCUAAGGCUAUCGGCCCGCAUGACGUUCUCUCAACUCUACUGAACAAUUUGCGUGUACAGGAACGUCAGAAUCGGGUGUGCACCACCGUCGCUAUUGCAAUUGUGGCUGAGACCUGCUCGCCAUUUACGGUGCUGCCAGCAUUGAUGAAUGAAUAUCGUGUUCCCGAAAUGAAUGUACAGAACGGCGUACUCAAAUCUCUGUCAUUCUUAUUUGAGUAUAUUGGCGAAAUGGGCAAAGACUACAUCUAUGCCGUGACACCACUAUUAGAGGAUGCCUUAAUGGAUCGCGACCUCGUCCAUCGGCAAACCGCAUGUUUUGCUAUCCAGCAUAUGAGUCUGGGCGUUGUUGGUUUCGGCUGUGAGGACGCGCUUACACACUUGUUGAAUUAUGUGUGGCCGAAUAUCUUUGAGACGAGUCCCCAUCUGAUUCAAGCGUUCCAUGGCUCCGUCGAAGGUAUGCGGGUAGGACUUGGGCCAACUCGUCUGUUGCAGUAUUGUUUGCAGGGGCUAUUCCAUCCGGCCCGAAAGGUACGCGACGUUUAUUGGAAGAUCUAUAACUCUUUGUACAUUGGCUCGCAAGACGCACUGGUGGCAGCCUAUCCACGGGUGCCGAACGAGCUCAAUGGUAAUCAUUACGAACGAUUUGAGCUAGGUUAUGUUCUCUAGACAGUGGGAACGAAGGUAGAGCACAAAUGCAUAGUAAGCAGAUAUGCAGAGACGGCGCUUGAUAAACUACAAACGAAUGUUAACAAUGUAUGGGUCAGUCGUAGAAAUGAGCAGAGAAAUAAAGGAAAUAGUUGCUAUUAAUAAUAAUAUUAAUAAUAACAGUAAUAAAAACCACAACAAUAUAUAUGAAAAACAAGUAGACAAUGAACCAAAAGAUGAAAAGCAAAUGGCAAGCUUUGUAGGAGCGUGUCAAAUUUGCGGGAAUGGAUAACAUACAAAUUUGGAUUGAGCAGGACCUGGAAAAAAGACCGUGAAACUCCAGACAACAAAAACAAUUAGGGAUGCAUAUCGGUUAAAACAAAAAAGGCAUCAGGCAAAGUGAUCCGUAGUAGCGGCAAGGAAUAUGGAAGCACUAAACGGUGUGAGAAAAGUUGUGCGGCAGAACAAGAUAAAGGAUGGCAAAUGCGUAAAGUUGGAGAUGAUCAACUAUGCUUACGCGCGAGCAGAGUGCCUCUCGGUUGUAGCGUAAGACCGAUAUGGUAUAGAGAACUAGGACCUUCAUUGUUUACUUUAUGUACCAUAAUAAUAAAAAUAUAAUAAUUAAUGAUAAAUUUAGAACUCAAAACAUCUGUCGAGUGUAUUGAAAGAAAAAAAAUAUGGAAAUAAUAUGAAUAAUAAUAAAAAUCUCACGAUAUUUGUGUGAUUACACCGUUGCGUUAUGAUCGUUUGUGUCAGUUUCAUAUUCUACAACGUCUAUAAUUCUAAAGAAAAGGUAUCAUUAUAGCAAAUUAGAAAAAAUAUUGGUACCUAUAACUAGGAAGUCUUCAAGCGUUUGCUACGCGGUAUAGUAAUGUGGGAUCUAAGCGAUUGAAAUAAUACCAUUACUGUAUGCUAUAAAUAGUAUCGGAUGGGACUUGGUGAAAGGCUUAGUGUAGUUCUGAUAGGAAGUUGCAGUACUCCUAUUUUGUUCGCCUUAGCUGAAGUCGUCUUGAGGAUCAGUGAAGAGCCAUUAU